AUGACGACGACAGAAGAAUUAAUUGUAUAUUCGAAUAGUCGAAACGGACUGGGAAUCCGCAUCUUAGGUGCUAAACGAGCAGCCCACAAAUCAGGUAUAUUCAUUCGAGAAUUACUUGAAAAUGGUUUAGCCCAAAAAGACGGACGAUUAAAGAUCGGUGAUCAAAUUCUUUCGAUCAAUGACGAAUCGGCAAUUGGCAUCAGUCGUGAACACGCCGUUAAUCUCCUUCGUUCUGCUGCCGCAACAAAUCAAGUUCGUUUUCGUGUUAACCAUUUCCAUCCCCCAACAUCCUCAAGUGAAUAUCAAAAAUUGCUGUACGAUGAUAAAUCAACGGAUGACGACGAUGACAAUCAUCGUUCUCAAAACAUUAAUCACAAUCGAAAUAAUAACAAUAACCUUAACGAUAGUACCACGACGAAUGAAGUACGAGAAAAGAAAUUCUCUCGGCGACAUCAUCGACAGCAACAGAGUACUUACAAUGUCGCGUAUGAAAAUAGCAAACGUGAACAACAAGAUGAAAUGAAACAAUUGGAUAUUUCAUCUGAUGCUCUACAAGCCUUGUUAAAUUCCAGAUUUAAAUUAAUAGAUCUAGUUGAUCUAUUGAAAAAAUUCCAUCCGAAAUGCUUUCUCAACGAUCAAAAACAAGAAUUGCAAUUUGUUGAACAGUUAUCCGAAGUAAAUAGUGAUGGUCGAAUGACAUUAAAAGAUUUUGAACGUCAAUCAAGUGUUCUUCUUGGUGAACGUGUUAAUCUUCUUGUUCCAUUUUUCUCUUCUUCAACUCAUUCAUCUGAUCGGAAUGAAACUGAACUUAUUCUCGAACUUCGACGUCAAAUCGCUUCAUGUCGCGUAACAAUCGAUGAACUUCAAACAAAAAUCUCUACAUGUGAGAAAUCUCAACGUUUAUCCAACGAAGUCGAACUCGAAUAUGAAGACCUACUCAAAUAUUUGUACGAACAACUUCAUCAGUUUAAAAUCAAUGAACUAAAUUAUCUGAAACACAUCCGAUCGAAUGAUCAAUUGAUUCAAAAGUUAUUUAACUAUUUAUCAAUCUAUGUUAAUCAGCCUCAUGACGAGCAUGUGCUCACUCAAUUGAAAUAUGAAUAUGAUCAACAACAGAAAUAUUACAAUGCAUCAUCAGGAAUGAAUAAUAAUAAGUUUAAUGAACGUUUUUAA